AUGGUUAUGGACGCGUCUGCGGCGGCGGCGCCCGCGGCGGUGCCGGGCGCGCUGGCGGGGCCGGUGGUGGACGGCGUGAGCGCGCUCGACUGCAGCCCGCAGGGCCUGGCGGCGUUCAGCAGCGGCGCCGCCAUCAGCGUCGUCGACCUCGCCAGCAUGCAGCUCGUCCACACGCUCGUCGCGCCGCCGCCGCCCCUCGACCGCUCCGGGGGCCUCGCGGGCGGCGCGGCGGAGACGGCAGGCGUGGUGGUGCCGGUGACGGCGGCGCGGUUCAAGCCGGGCGGGCUGGACCGCGACCUGGCGCACCUCUCGAGCCUGCAGCUGGCGGCGGGCGACCGCGCGGGGCGUGUGGCGCUCUGGGAGGUGGUGCGCGAAGAGGUCGACCGCUGGCUGCUGCCCGACCGCGGGGGGUCGGCGGCGGGGGGAGCGGGGGGCGCGGGCGGCAGCGCGGGGGGCGGGGCGGCGGGGUCGGUGGACGUGGUGGAGUGGGUGAUGGGGCGGCCGUGGCUGCUGGCCGUGCUGCACGCCAGCUGCGCCGCCGUCGUCUGGGACCUCUCCUCCUCCGCCGCCGCCUCCUCCUCGCACGCCGCGGCCGCCACGGCGACGCCACGUGUCAUCUGGCGGUACGACGGGUCGGCGUCGCCCACGGGCGAGCUGCUGGUGUCGCUGGCGCUGGACCCCCACGACCCGCGCCGCCUGUGCGUGCACGGCGCGCGGGGGCUCGUGCUCGCGCUGCAGGUCGACCUGGCCGCGCCGGGCAAGGGAGGCGCGGGGGGGAGUGGGGGUAGCGGGGGGAACGGGGGGGGAGUGGGCAAGGAGAGGGGGGUGAGCAUCAAAACCACCACGCUGCAGCUGCCCCUGCCAGAGCCCGCCGGCGGGGGAGGGGGAGGGGGAGGCGGGGGUGGAGCAUCAGUGGUGGCGUGUGCGUUCGCCCCGCACACGCGCGACCUGCUGUACGCAGUGCUGCCGCGUGACAUCGUGUGCUUCGACCUGCACUUCGGGUGCGCCGUGGCGUCGUCCUCCGUGCCGCGCAGCGUGGCUCGGUUGACGCGGCUGCUGCUGCCGCCGUCCAGCGACGUGCUCUACUGCCUCCACGCCGACGGCAAACUCUCCAUGUGGCAGCGCCGCCCAGGCCGCCAGCUGUACAUGAUCCGCACGGUGGAGCCGCUGGUGCCGCUGCCUGGCAGUGCAGCACCGUCCCCGGGCAUCCUGGCGGCCGUGCUGUGGCCGCAGCCGUUCCGCGAGGCGCAGCUGGUGCUGGCGGCCGUGCCCGCCACCACGCCGCGCCCCAACGGCAGCCUGGGCGGCGCCGUGGCGGCGGGCGUGAGCUUGCACGGCGUGAGCAGCUGCCAGGUGGUGUGUGUGAGCGACGACAACAAGCUCUGGCACUGGCUCGCCCGCACUGCUCCCGUGCCGCGCGGCAAGGGGGCGCUGGGGGGGCCGGCGGACGGGGAGAAAGGGGAUGGUGGGGACGGUGGGGCGAGGGGCGGACGGGGGAGUGGGGGGGGCGGGGGGGGGAGCGGAGAGGGCGGUGGUGGAGAGGGGGCGAGUGCGAUGGGUGACGGCGUGGAGGUGGCCAUGAAGCUGGAGCUGCUGGGCAUGUUCCACGGCUUCUCCUCCGCGCCCACCACGCUCUCCGUGCCUGCACCCUCCCUCUUCUCCUGCGUCCCAGCCCGCCAUCACUUAGCAUAUUGUCUGGCCCGCCCCUUUCUUCUUCGUCACCCCCCACAUGUCUCGUCCCGCUUCCCCCUCACAAGGGCUGAGCACGGCAACGGGGUCGCUGGCAGCAGCGGCGGUGCCGCUGGUGGCGGUGGCAACGCAGGAGGGCGGGGUGGAGCUGGUGGACACGGCUGUGCAUGCCAUCGCCGCAUCCUUCCUGCUGCACCCCUCCAUGGUGCGCGGGGUGCGCUGGCUCGGCAACACCCGCCUCGUCUCCUUCUCCUUCCAAGAGGUGCGUGCACGCAUAGAGGAGAGAGGGGGCGUAUGGGAAGGGAGUGUAGUGUGGGGGUGUGGGUGAAUGUGGGGGUGUGGGUGAAUGUGGGGGUGUGGGUGAAUGUGGGGGUGUGGGUGAAUGUGGGGGUGUGGGUGAAUGUGGGGGUGUGGGUGAAUGUGGGGGUGUGGGUGAGAGUGGAGGUGUGGGUGAGUGUGGGGAUGUGGGUGAGCGAAGGCGGGGGGGUACGAGAACAGGGUGGUGGUGACGUGCAUCCGCAGCGGCGAGUCUCGCCCCUUCCGCCAGCUGCAGCAGCCCGACAAGUCGCCCAUGAGGGGCCUCCGCGCCUCGCCCUCCGGCAGGUGCCGUCCAUCCCACGCUCUGCCACGUCACCCCCACGCUCUGCCACGUCACCCUCACGCUCUGCCACAUCACCCCCACGCUCUGCCACGUCACCCCCACGCUCUGCCACGUCACCCCCACGCUCUGCCACGGCACCCCCAUGCUCUGCCACGGCACCCCCACGCUCUGCCACGUCACUCCCACGCUCUGCCACGUCACUCCCACGCUCUGCCACGGCACUCCCACGCUCUGCCACGGCACCCCCACGCUCUGCCACGUCACUCCCACGCUCUGCCACGUCACUCCCACGCUCUGCCACGUCACUUCCAUGCUCUGCCACGUCUCACUCCCACGCUCUGCCACGGCACCCCCACGCUCUGCCACGUCACUCCCACGCUCUGCCACGUCACUCCCACGCUCUGCCACGGCACUCCCACGCUCUGCCACGGCACUCCCACGCUCUGCCACGGCACCCCCACGCUCUGCCACGUCACUCCCACGCUCUGCCACGUCACUCCCACGCUCUGCCACGUCACCCCCACGCUCUGCCACGCCACUCCCACGCCCUGACACAUGGCUCUCGCCUUUCUAUGAGGUACCUGCUCAUCCUCUUCCGUGACGCGCCAGCUGAAGUGUGGGCCAUGACUCGCACACCCCAGAUGCUGCGCUCCCUGGCGCUGCCCUUCACAGUGAUGGAGUGGGCGCUGCCGCCCGUGCAGAGCCCCACCACGCUCGACCCACACUCCGCCACACAGCGCCACAUGCACGACGACGACUUCCCGGCGUCGCCAACAUCAGCGGCGCUGCUGGCAGCCACGCCGCGCUCCGCGUCCGACCCCAUCGAGUCCUUCGCCUUCGCCCUCGUCAACGGCUCGCUCGGCGUCUUUGAGCUGCGAGGGAAGCGCGUCCGUGACUUCCGGCCCAAGUGGCCGUCAGCAUCGUUCGUGGCGGUGGACGUGCUGGUCACAGCCAUGGCGUACCGCACCCCCGUCGUCGCGCUGGGGGACAAGGCGGGGGUGCUGCGGUGGUGGGACGUGGCGUCGGGGGCAGCAGGCACACACGCACUCAACCGAGGGGCCAUCCGACGGCUCAGAUUCGCCCCCACGCUCGUGAGCUCGAGCAGCUGCGGUCGGAUCGCCGUCAUGUUCAACGACUACACCUUCGCCCUCUUUGACCUGGACGAGGGGGAGUUUGUACCGGGGGCGAUGCCGUCGGAGGCAGCGGCAGCACUGCAGGUGCUGGAGAUGGACUGGCUGCCGCUGCAGGGCCCCUCGCCCACAGGGCCCUCUGCCGCCCGCCAGCUGCUGUGCGUGGCGGCUGCUGACGGCACCGUGCGCCUGCUCGACAUGGCCACCAACGCGCCGUUGAAGCAGCCGUUCUACCGCCCGCCCGCCUCGCGCCUGGCGGUGUGGCACCGCUUCCGCCCCUCGCCGCUCUGCUCCGUCGCCCUCAUGCCCGCGCCCUGCGCUCUGGCGUUGCGCCUGCUGCUGCAGAUGGGCAUGCACCCCGCAUGGCUGGAGGCACCACUGCCCGCGGGCGCCCAGGGGGAUGGGGGCGAGCUGGGCGAGGGGCAGGGCGAGGGGGACGAGGAGGCGGGCAAGGAGGGCAGGGCGCGGGGCGAUCUGCUGGCGUACGUGCUGCACCGCGGGCAGCUGGCGGGCGGGGUGGGCGACCCCGCCAUGGCGGAGGUGCUGCUCAAGGGGCUGCAGCCCAUGCGCAUGGCAGGUAGGCGGCACGUGGGCGGCAAGAGUAUCGCAGGGCAGCUGAUGGGGGUGGAGGCGGCGAGGGCGUACAGCAAGGUGUGGGGGGGCGGGGUGGCGGCGCGCUGUGCGUGUGUGGCGGCGCACUACGGGGACAUUCAAGAGGCGCACUUCUGGCUGCUGCUGCCGCAUGCCCUGCGCCUCCUCGCCCAGGGUUCAGCAGGACCACACGCCUUCUGGCCGCCCGACACUGCCGCUGACGCCACCACCGCCACCACCGCCGACGCUGGUAGUGGUGGUAGCGGUGCUGGUGGCACAGCAGGCCCGAGUGGUGACGAGGCGGAGAGAGAGGCAGCAGCAGGGGCGGGCGGGGAGGGGUACGGGGAGGAGGCGAUGGGGGAGGAGGUGGAGGUGUGGGGGGACGAGAUGGGCGUGCGGCGCAUGGCGCUGGAGCGCAUCCACUGGCACAGCCAGGUCACCGGCGCUGAUGCUGCCAGCAAGCGCGUGCACGAGUUCAUCAUGGUGGGCGAUCUGGAGGCGGCGGUGACGCUGCUGCUGGCCACGCCGUCCGACUCGCCCGCCUUCCACCGCGACGCCCUUCGUGCCGUGGCACUCGCCACGGCUGUCUCGCCCUCCAUGCACCACCUGGCUGCCAAGGUGGUGGCGACCAACAUGGUGCUGGCGGGGGAGCCGCUCACAGCCGUGCACCUGCUCUGCUCCAUCGCCCAGUAUGCCGACGCCUGCACGCAGCUGCAAGCCAUUGGUCGAUGGGUUGAUGCAUCAACACUCGCAGCUUGCCACCUGUCAGGCGCUGAUAGGGCCAAGGUGCUGCAUCGGUGGGCGCAGCACACCCUUAAAAACGAGCAUGACCUGUGGCGUGCGGUGACGCUGUUUGUGGCAGCGGGCAGUCUGACAGCAGCGCUGAGGGCGCUGAGGGAGGCCCACCAGCCCGACACGGCCAUGAUGCUGCUGCUUGCCUGCCACCACGCCCACGCCCGCCUCACACCACCGCCCCGCCGCCUCACUGCCACCACCACCGCACCCGUGGCGAUCGGGCGGCACCUUCCGGCCAUGCCUGCUGGAGAGGCGGAUGUGGGCGGGAAGCAGGGAGUGGGAGGUGAAGAUGGGAGGGAGGGAGGAGAGGGGGAGGGAGGACGGGAGGUACGGGGGGGACGGGAGGGAGGGGAGGGAGGGGAGGGAUGGAAGGGGGAGGAGGGAGAGGAAGGAGUGGAUGGGCCACUGUGGCUACCGGGUGAUUUGAGGACGCACGGGGAGGAGGAGGUGCAGGUGGUGUGCGGGCUCUUCUCUCAGCACCAGCGCUGGCUCGCUCACCUCUGUGCUCCACAUGGCUCCGACUGA